GAAAACUUUCUCUCUCUUUCUCUCGAUCAUCUUCUUCCUCUUCUAAAAAUUCUUCAUAGGCGUGGCUUUUACUUUUCAUCAUCAACAACCCAUCAAUGAACAUGUCUCCUUUUUGUUCACUCAAAACACCAGUUUUCCAAUCUGUUUUCUUGUCUUAAUUUCUCGUUAAUUCACUCUCGCAUAAUUAUCACCGUCAUAAUUCUUGCUUCCACUAGUAUUACCUCUAAAUUCUCACUGUUCUUAAAAUUUUCUACAAAUUACAGUUGAUGGAUCAUCAAAGAGAAAACCCGUCUUUCUCUUCGACUCUUCUCGACGCUAUUUACCGUUCCAUAGACGAAUCAAACGGCGGUUCGCAAGCCGAAGAAGAGCUGUUUUUUAACAGAAAAACCAUGAGGAGUAACAAGAAGCAUAUCAACAAUGGUUUAAAGGAUGACGGUGGUGAAUAUAAAGCGACGAGUUUGAAAAAAGCAUGCAUGAUUCAGAAAUGGAUGGAUGAGAAAGAUAACUACGGAGGUGUUCGAAAGUCCACGGACAGCAAUAAAAAGAGUUUUAAUAUUCAUUCUGUGUUGCUUAACUCGAGCUCUAGCUCAUCAGAAUCGAGCUGCGGCGGCGGAUUUUCGUCUUCGGAAUGUGAAUCAGUUUACGGUCUUAGUUCAAGAUCGUCCUCGAUUAAUAAUAGUUACACCAUGCAAAGACCUAAGCCGAUUCGGACAAGUGUUUCGGUUGAUCAUGAUAGAGUUAAUAAUAAUGUUUAUGCACCGAAACAGAAGCACGAAUCGUUGUCUUCAUCAGCAGGAGGCAGUUUUGUCAAGACGAAAUCAAGAGCGUUAAAAAUAUAUGGCGAUCUCAAGAAAGUUAAGCAGCCUAUUUCUCCGGGGGGACGUCUUGCUAGCUUUCUCAACUCUAUUUUCACUCCUGGAAAUGCGAAAAACGCAAAAAAGGCGAAGUUUUCGUCCAAUUCGCCUUCCGGGUUUGAGGAGAGGAAAUUAAAAUCCGAGCAAGCAUCGACAUGUUCUUCAGCUUCUUCAUUUUCGAGGUCUUGCUUAAGCAAGACCCCGUCGUCUAGAGGAAAUGGAGCGAAAAGAUCGGUGAGGUUUUAUCCGGUUAGUGUCAUUGUCGACGAGGAUUCGAGGCCUUGUGGGCAUAAAAGUUUAUAUAACGGUACUGAAAAUCAAGAAAGUACUAAUGUUUUACGAAAUUAUCAGAAGAAAAAUCAAGAAAAGCUUGAUUUUUGCAAUGGAAAUGUUCGAGGACGGUAUAUUAAUCAAGAGCGCGUCGAAUUAGACGAUGACGACGACGAUAAUGAUGAUGAUGAUGCAGCAAGUUAUGCAAGUUCGGAUUUGUUCGAAUUAGAUAAUCUUUCCGCCAUCGGAAUUGAAAGGUAUCGAGAAGAAUUGCCGGUGUAUGAAACAACUCAUCUUCAUACUAAUCGAGCCAUUGCUAAUGGUUUAAUUCUGUAAUUUUAAUAAAAUUUUACUAUAACUUUUUUAAUAUUAAUGAAUUAAUAGUGUGGGGGUUUACAUUAGAGAAUAAGAUUUCUCAUUUUUAUUUAUUA